AUGUUUCGCGGACAGUCGAACAUCUUCGAUGAUGUCGUGGUCAAGGCUACAGACGAGAACCUCACGAGUGAGAACUGGGAAUACAUUCUGGAUGUAUGCGACAAGGUCGGGUCUUCCGACACAGGCGCCAAAGAUGCGGUUGCUGCAAUGAUCAGGCGGCUAGCCCACCGGAACGCCAACGUACAACUAUAUACCCUUGAGCUUGCGAAUGCCCUGAGCCAGAACUGUGGAGCCCAGAUGCACAAAGAGCUUGCUUCACGAAGCUUCACCGAGGCGCUGCUGAGGCUCGCAAACGAUCGCAACACACACCAGCAAGUCAAGGCCAAGAUUCUGGAGCGCAUGGCAGAAUGGACCGAAAUGUUUUCCCGUGACCCAGAUCUCGGUAUCAUGUCAAGCGCAUAUAUGAGGCUAAAGUCACAGAAUCCCAACCUCCGCGCACCCUCGAAGCCACAAAAGACACAGAUUUCGGAUGCCGAGCGCCAGAAGGAGGAGGAGGAACUACAGAUGGCUCUAGCUAUGUCGAUAAGAGAGUCCAAAGGCGCCGCUCCAACGGCUGCCAGUUCCAACAAUCCUCAGCAAAGCGGAUCUGGAUCUAGCGCCCAGCGAGAACAACCAGCGCAGCCUGUGCCUCAAGGUACAACCGCCGCGACUGUAUCCCGAGUACGGGCACUUUUCGAUUUCCAACCAUCAGAACCCGGUGAACUCCAGUUCCGCAAGGGCGACAUCAUCGCUGUGCUCGAAUCGGUAUACAAGGACUGGUGGAAGGGAUCGCUACGUGGCCAAACUGGUAUUUUCCCGCUCAACUACGUGGAGAAGUUGCAAGAUCCGACGCGCGAGGAACUUGAACGGGAGGCGCAGAAUGAGGCCGAGGUGUUUGCGCAGAUAAGGAAUGUUGAAAAGCUGCUUGCCCUCUUGAGCACCAGCUCGCAACCUGGUGGUGGUGAUGCACGGGAUAAUGAGGAGAUUACAGAACUCUAUCACUCGACCCUGGCUAUCCGGCCAAAGUUGAUUGAGCUCAUUGGCAAGUACUCUCAGAAGAAAGAUGACUUUACACAGUUGAAUGAAAAGUUCAUAAAGGCUCGUCGAGACUACGAAUCAAUGCUAGAGGCAUCCAUGUCGCAGCCACAACAACCCCCAUACGGUGGUCGUCCUGCUUAUGGCGCAUACAAUGCCCCUCCUCCCUCGAAUUAUCCGGCGUACCCACCAACAUCCUCUACACCGCACCAAGAUCCAGGCCGUUUCAACUAUGGCGGGCCACCUCCUGCACAACAUGCACCCCCAUCCCAGGCCCCACCAGCAGGUGCAAGUCCCGCCUUCUUCAUGGUGCCUCCUGGAGAGCAACGGACGCAGCAAACCCCGCAACCGGGACUACCAUCUGACCCUUACUCACUACCACCAGGCAGAGUGCCCGUUGGCGGCCGACCACUAAGCUACGGACCUCAGGAAUUGUCGACAGCGCAUUACGAUUCACCUGUAGACAACCGACACUCUUUCCACGGCCCUAGCCAGCCUCAAGGUCCUUCAGCACCCCAAGGAUACGACUAUCCGCCUGUACAGCAAGGAAACGGUUAUCCUCCACAACAAGGCCCUCCACAAGGCCAGCAGAAUCCUUAUGAGCAACUGACGUCGCCACCUCCACAGGGACCGCCACAGGGGCCGCCACAUGAUCAACAUGCGCCGGAAUCACAUGCACAGCAGCCACCUCAGCAAGGACAUGGUUAUCCACCCGCACAGCCCGGAUACGCCCCGCCAGCCCCACCAGGAACUGCUUCUAGUCCUGCGCCACAAGGGUACCUUCCAUAUCGACCAGGAGGGCAAGUGCCGAGUGCACCACCUGUAGGAGGAGACGAUGCCUCAGGCUUUUACCGAUAG